AUGAAAGCUGUAAUGAUUUUCUUAGUCUGUUGUACGCUUUUAAUAAGAAAUGUUUGUUCAGCACCAGCACAUAAUAGUACAUUGAAUGUAUCAACUAUCCAUGCCUUGGCAUAUAUACCACCAUGUACAAUGACAAAAACAAAAUGUUAUGGUGUUGUAUUGGCAUGUCGUAAUUAUCGUUGUCAAUUUAGUACACUUUGUAGAAAUUUUUGUUGUGAAAAAUCAUGUGGAUCAUGGUAUGUUUGUGGUGCAUGUUUUGGAUUACCUUUUGGCUAA